GACAAUAAUAUGGAAUGUUUAUUUUGGGAUUUGGCUUCUAAAUUUCGAAUAUUUCCCUCUUUGCUACAUUUGAUGUUUAACUAAUUAUUCUGAUUUAUUGUCACAAUGCUCACUUUCUUGUUUUUGUCUUCCCACAAGUGGGUUUUGUUUGAAGUUUAGUUUAGAGUGAUAACAGGACUGAAACAAGUUUUGUCUGGGAUUAGAUUGAAAUUUGAGUAAUUGGGUGUUUAAAGUUUUGAGCUUUUUACUUUUUGGGUAAAUGUAAUAUGAAUAUAUUCAGAUUAAGAAUUUCUCUAGUGGGGAUUAUCAUUUUUAGAAAUGUCUUCUGGAAGUGUAGGAUUGAGGUCCAUUAGUUUUUCCCCCAGUUUCCAAUUUUAUUAUAAUUGUCAUUAUCUGGUAAAAUGUGAUAGAGGGUGAGAGUUGAGUUUUCGGGGCAGGAGGGGGGAACUUAAGCGUGCAAUAUGUUUUACUUCCGGGUAUUCUGUAAUAUAGGUGUAAUAAAUGAGAGUGCUUACAGCUACUCGUGCAUAUUAAUUAAAGAAUACCUUGGAUUAAAUAGACCAGGGUGAGCGCAUGGUUUUGAGAGGUAGUUUUGGAUCAUAUAGACUAUGAUGAGAAUGUGGUAUCAAUCGGUAGUAUAUAUCUAUCUGAUUUGAUAAAUUACAUUUAAGAAUAUCGACGCAUGAGAUAUACAUAAAGAGUCUGAGCUGGUAACUUUACCAACGACACUUGUCACGUUUAUAAACUGGUGUCGGCAUUUGACAUGCCUGGUAAAGUAGAUUUUUAGGGCUUUUAGAGACUUCGAGGCAAACUUUUUCCAUAUAGAGUGGUUAACAGAGAAAACUCAGCUAUUGUUUUUCAAAAAAUGGUGCAUUCUAAAACAGAUUGGGAGUGCAAAUCUACCUAUAAAGUUAGUACGAAUUCACAUGGAAUUAAUCUGGUUGCGUUAAGCAACGAAGGAGGAUCAACACAGGUUACUGUAGAAAGAGGACAUGUCACUUCAUGGCGGAACAAACAAGGGGACGAACUCCUUUUCACCAGUACAAAGAUCCCUAGGCCCCCUAGUGCAGCGCGAGGAGGCAUCCCUGUUUGUUUUCCCCAGUUUGGCCCCUCGGCUUCUCUUGAAGCAAACGGUCAGGCAAGGAAUGAAGGCUGGAAAAUUGACAAUGACCCUCCCCCCCUAAUACAUAAGUAUUGCCGGGGAAAAUCUUACGUUGACUUGCUACGUAAGCCUUCCAAGGAAGAGCUCAGAAGAUGGCCUCAUAGUUAUGAGUUUCGACUCAGGGUUUUGCUUGCAUAUGACGGGAAUCUUAACAUGAUAUCGCGCAUCAGGAACAUUGACAGCAAGCCAUUUAGUUUCUCAUUUGGAUACCAUACAUAUUUGUCUGUUUCAGAUAUAAGUGAAGUCAGGAUAGAAGGUCUGGAAACAUUGGAUUAUUUAGACAACCUGUCUGACAGAAAACGCUUUACUGAACAUGGAGAUGCAAUAACUUUUGAAUCUGAGGUGGAUCGUGCUUAUCUUUGUACACCAAGUUGCAUUGCAGUUGUUGACCAUGGAAAGAAGAGAACGGUUGUAAUAAAAAAAGAAGGGUUACCGGAUGCUGUUGUGUGGAAUCCAUGGGAGCGGAAAUCAAAAACCAUGGCAGAUUUUGGCAAGGUGGAUUACAGGAAGAUGGUAUGUGUGGAUGGAGCUGUGAUUGAGAGACCUAUUGCUUUGAAGCCCGGAGAAGAAUGGACUGGCUGUUUAGAGCUUGAACAUGUGCCUUCAAGCUUUUGUAGUGAUAAAUAUGAUUCCCGUUUGAAGCACUUCUAGGCUAUGUCAUUGCAGCAGCGAGCAAAGUCCCAUUCUGUUCCCCGCUGCCAGAGUCAUAGCUAAUUUUAUCCUUGCCUUUUGUGUUGUAUGUUUUCCUUCCUUGCAGAUAUAUAGAAAUGUUGUUCGCGCUUUGAUCCGGGCUUUAACAGAUCUCGAGAGAACUCCUUGUUUCCAGUUUCAGUCCCCGUUUCGGAUUGAGAUCAGUUAACGACAGCCUGUGUUCUAAUUUCUGCUUUCGUUUUUUAUUCGUAUAAAAACUGGUCUAUUUGUGGUACUAGUGCAUGUUAACAUGGAACACCACUACAUCUCA